AUAAAGUUUUAUACUUUGAAGCCGCCAAAGAUAAAACCCAUACGGGAAAAUUAGACCCAAAAUGGAAAGGACCGUACUACAUACAUGAUAUUAUUGGAAACGGUGCUUACAAAAUAAGGCAAUUAGAUGGACGAUUACUAAAAGCCCCUGUAAAUGGAAGUCUUUUGAAAAA